AUGGAAAAGAAGUCCAAUUGUUUUGAUGCAAUCGUUUCCCUUAUCAAACAAAAAUUUUCAGACCAAUGUGGUAUUGUUUACUGCAAUCAGCGAAAAGACACAGCUGAUGUUGUGUACCAUUUAAGAAGAGCUGGUAUAAAUGCUGUGUUUUUCCAUGCUGGUAUGGAUAUACAUUCAAAACAGGCAAGUGUUGACAGUUGGAAAUCUGGAGAGGCCCAUGUCAUUUGUGCAACAGUGGCAUUUGGCAUGGGAAUUGAUAAAUCAAAUGUUACAUUUGUUAUUCAUCAUAGCAUGCCAAAGGACUUAGAGAGUUAUGUGCAGGAGUCUGGCAGAGCUGGAAGAGAUGGAAAUUCUGCACAUUGUUACAUCUUGUUCCGAUUUGAAGACAGAACAAAACAUUUGCGGAAUAUCUGUUGUCUACCAGAGAGUGAUCGCAAGCAUGUUGCUCUUGAUGGAUUAAACAAUAUUGUCAAAUAUUGCAUAACCCCUGUUUGUCUAAAACAACAAAUAGUUACAUACUUUGAUAAUGAAGCGAGCAGCAGUAGCAUUUAUAACAAACAUUGUGAUGUUUGCAUAUUGAACAAGAAUGUAGAACCUGUUGAGUGCAGUGAAGUUGCCAAAGGGUAG